CAGCUGCCACAGACAUCGCACUAGAAUACGUUUAUGUUAAUCGUGUGCAAAUUACUCGUUAAUGCGAUAUAAACGAUCGCAUUGUGGACAAUUUCUUUUUCCAGUUACCAAAUUUCGUGGAGUUCUUGAAAACUACUGUCACACUUCAUUUGACACUCAUUCGAACAUCCUCUACUCGAACGCGCCUCCACGACAGCCAAGACUCCUAACGAAGUCGAUUAUAAGAUACAAUUGACGGAACCAUCAUCAUGUUCAAGUUCACGGUCGCGUUUUUGAUCGCAGCGAUGGCCGCGUCGGCUUCGCUGGCCGUCAGCAUACCGGCGGAACACCGGCCACAGGAACCGGCCGCGGAGGCCAGCAACAUGGUGGUGCACAAGAAACACGUCAAGCCCGACAAGAUCGUGUUCAUGUCGGAGGUGUCGUCGUCGCACGGCGAGGGCGAGGGCGAUAACGGCGGCGGUAGUGGCCUAUUGGAAUUGGGUAUGUCCGGACUGCUGGAGGCGUUGAGCGCGCCGAAGAAGAUCAUCGGCGCCGUCGCCGGUUUCGUGAUCGGCAAACUCAAGUCGUUGGACCUCAAGAAACUCGUCAAGAUCGCGCUGUUGGCCGCCCUGGUCACCGUGCUCGGCGCCGUGGCCGCCGUGGCCGUGGCCGGUCUCGUGUCCAUCGUGUCGGCGGUGUGCGCGGUGCUGCCGUACCUGAGAUUCGUGUUCGGCGGCCACCACCACCAGCAGGGCGAGUCCACUUCCGAGUCGCAGAUCGACCUGGUCAGCGAGUUCAUGACGAGUGCAUUGGAAAAGUACGACGUCAAGCGCAAGGCGUGAGUCCAGGGCCGCCGCCGCGCCGCCGAAAACGCUCAACCGUUGUCACGGCAAUAAUAUACGGUUAACAUAUUUUUAUUUAUUGUGCACCUAACACGCCGAUAUCGUUUGACUUACUGUAUUUUAUAAUAAUAAUAUAUUAUAUUAUACGCGCUGUGCACAGUGUUAUGACGUAGUAUUGCUGACAAUAAUAAACUAAACACAAUUAUUAUAUUUAACUUUUAUGUUCAAUGAAUAAAACAUUUUCGUGUUA